AUGCGAACACCACAACAACAAUUCGAACUGGACCUCGAGGCCCUGAAGAACGACGGAGAACUCGCCAGGAUCGGGGCAGAAUCCGACGAAGACACGAGGAAAAUGAAGAUAGACCUCUUCUUCCUGACCAUCAAGCUCCUCAUCUUCACUGUCGCGGCAGUAUAUAUCCUGGGGUUUCUCUCCGACGUACUCGCUGCCGGCGCGCCGCAAGUCAAGGCGGUGGUCAAGGCUGCACCAGCUGCAAAGGUAUGUUUUGGUUUGCAAAGUAUUGUCUCCCGCAAGGAGGGAGCUGUUCUACGCAAAAAGAAGUAG